GCAAAGCAUAUCAUUUCCCAAAUAUUUGUACAGAAAAAUGGCUAGCUCAAGAUUUUGUGCCUGUCUGCUGCUAUUAUUGCUUUCAAUUCCAUGGUCUGAAACUCGUCCAUUUACUCCAUAUAUAGAGAGGAAGAGCCUAAUUUUCUCAAUUCAAGCAUUAGCAGCGGUGGAAGCUUUAAACCAUAGAAAGGUAAAUGACAACACUGACAACGACUUUUAUGAUUCGAAUAGGCUGAGUCCUGGCGGUCCUGAUCCCCAACAUCAUUAGCAAUAAGCUUCUGCCAAUGAUGGCUAUGCCAACAUUGCUGAAUGCUAAUUGUUCUGGAUGGGUCCCAGCAUCACAUUUUGCUUCAUUUCCUAAUAUUUUGUGUCUCAUAAAUGCUUGCAAGCUUGAUGAGUCUAAAACAGAUCCUUGAGGCUGUUUAUCUAUGCUAUCUAUGUGUGUCCAGGUUUGGAGAAUGGAAUGUUUCUGCUGAAAUAAAAUUAGUGUUUCUUU